AUGUCUACCAAAAAAUAGGUGUCAGGGGGAAAAACGUCAAGAUCAAAUAGCAAAUAAUCAGUAUCUAAUCCCAUAUCAGUGAGAAAGCGGUUUUCAUCACUAUGUUCGCCGCCAAACAGUCAGGGACAAUCGUCUUGUGUCUUUUGUUAGAAAUUCAAAAGUAAGAAGGUUGAAACCUAUGCUCCUCUCCUUAAUAAGGCUUUAUUUGCAAAAUAUUCUUCUUCUCAAAACUACUAUUAUUCAAAGGACAUUAAUGAUAUAAUUGAUGAGGAAUCUACGCCAGCAGUUGUAUUUUAUAGAGAUUUGGAAUGCAUAGUCGAGGAAGAAGAAUAUUUGAAGAGAUCUUAUGCUAAAAAGGAAUCAACUUCUAAAAUUAAAGCAUUGUUAGAAUACUACAAAUACCACAAGGACAUCCCUCGACUCUUUAUGCAGAAGGUCUACAUAACGAUUAACAAGUUCCACGAAAAGAAACGAAGAAUUGAAUAUGCGAAUAUCAAAAGGAGAUUGAAUAUCCCAGAUGAAGAUAUAUAACAAUCAUAAAAAAAAGAGAAGAAGAAGAAAUAGCAACACAGUGAUGAAGAUGUAACUGUGGGUUAAUUAAAACAUCUUCUCAAGGAUUUGAAAUUAGAUACAAAUUCCUAUCUCUAAAAAAAAGUUGAUAUCUCUAGUAGUGUACAAUUACGUGAAUUCGUAUAAUAAAUUGGAUAAAAAUAUGAUUAUCUCGGAUAAAUUUCUGGUUUAUUGUCUAUCGAUCAAAGCAAUAGUUUUCUCUUAAGGUCUCAAGAUCUUUCAACGAUCAACAAGAAUCUUAAAUAAAAUUAUCUCAUUAAUAAUAAACCACAAACUAAUUAAAACUCUAAAGCCUAAAUUUUAGACUCCAAAACAACUCAUUAGAUAAGCUAUCAAGGGAGUUUUGAUAAAAUCAAUAUCAAUAGAUUGUAAUUUAUCAAUCAAGGAGAAGUAUCUUCUAUAAAAGCUGAAAACUCUAUUAAAGCAGGUGAAUAAACCAAAAGAUCUAAUUAGGAUUCAUCCCCUAUGAGGAAUUCAUCAUAAUUAUAAACCAUACAGAAGGUUUACUCUUAAAUUGAAGGGUUUGCUAGUUUAGUUUAAAAAUAAUAACAAUCAUAGUAACAAUAAUAAAAACUAAAUUAUGGUCAAAAGUCAAAUUCGUAAAGGAAAGUCAGUGCUAAUUUCAAUUCAACUGAUUGCUAAUUCAGAUUACCAAGCAGAUAAAAUUCAACAUAAAAGCAACCUCCUGAGUUGUAAUCAUAUUAAGUUAAUUUCUUGUAAAUAUAUAUCGAUAACCUAUUUGUAGAAGAACCAGAGUGGCGUCCCAAUUAUAAAAAUAUGAUGAUGAUUAUAAGACAACCAUUAGCAACAGAUAGAAUUCAAAGAUAAAGUGUUUAUAAUGUAGGCGAGAAAAAUUAGCAAAAGUCAUCCUCCAAAAACAUAUAAAAGGUUCCUUAGAAAUUCAAUUAAUAUGCAUUAGCAACACUGAGGAAUCUGUAGGUAAAGUAUUCUGAAGUGAAGAAGAAGUAAAUUGUUAACAAUAACAAUAUGCAGGGACCAAUAUUGAAUUCUUAAUUGUUACAUUAUAGAACUAAAUCUCAAGAUGCAGUGGGAACUUAUAAAGCAUCUCCUCCAAAAUAACCUCUAAGACAGGAUAAUUCAAAAGAUCCAUUAAGAAUUACAAACAACAUCAAUGUUUAAGGGUCAUCCAAAAAGGUAGGUGGUGUAUACAAUAUCAACUAAAAUAAUAUAGUUAAUAUUUAUAUUGAAGAUUUGAAAUCUUCUGCCAAAAUAAAGUAAGGCGGUUCAUAAACUGCUCGAAUCAAUAGCCCCUUAAAAAAUAACCCUAAAGGAAUUUUCGAAAUCUAUAACACUCAAAGAUCUAAUUAAAGUCCAGCAAGCAAAAAGAUAGGUUGA